GGCGUGCCGGGUUGGAGAACCCAUGAACCAAACGACACCCGUUAAAUAAAAACCUAGCGCGCACAGAAGACAAAACCCCCAUCGCUAAACCCUCACUCUCCCUCGGCUAACACUCCUAACCAUGGCGGAUUCGACUCACUGUGUUAAGCUCAUCGAAUCGUUCGUUGACUCUUCCAGCACUCCAGCUCAGCAGGCUGCAAGUAUAGAUGCAAUUGCAGCUCUAGUGAAGAAUGAUAUGUUAACAUUGGAAUCAUUGGUUAGAGAGAUGGCAAUGUAUUUGACAACCACAGACAGCUUUCUUCGUGCCAGAGGUACUCUCCUUCUUGGAGAAUUGCUAGCUUGUCUAGCAUCUAAGCCAUUGGAAAGUGAAACGGUGCUUAGUUUGAUAGGAUUCUUCACUGAAAGGCUGGCAGAUUGGAAAGCUUUGCACGGUGCCCUUAUUGGUUGCUUGGCCUUAUUGAGGAGGAAAGGAAAUGUUGGUGUAGUCAGCAGCAGUAAAGCACUAGCAGUUGCUCAGUCUUAUCUGCAAAAUGUACAAGUUCAGUCAUUAAGACAAUCAGACAGGAAGCUUUGUUUUGAACUUCUAGGAUGCCUUUUGGAGCGCUAUCCUGAUGAUAUAGUACAUCUGGAUGAUGUACUUAUACCUGGAAUUUGUGAAUCUAUUGAUGGAGAAAAGGAUCCUGAAUGUCUAAUGCUUGCAUUCCAUAUUGUGGAAGUUCUGGUGCAUUUAUAUCCAGAUCCAACUGGCCCACUUGCAAGUUUUGCCACAGACCUUUUUGAGAAUUUGAGCUGUUACUUUCCCAUUCAUUUUACACAUCCAAAGGGGGAAGAUAUUGAUGUGAAGAAAGAAGAGCUUUCAAGGACAUUGAUGGUGGCAUUUGCUUCCACUCCUCUGUUUGAGCCAUUUGCCAUUCCGCUGCUUCUUGAAAAGCUUUCUUCUUCUUUGCCACUAGCAAAGGUAGAAUCCUUGAAGUAUCUUAGUUAUUGUAGUGAUAAGUACGGGGCAGCUAGAAUGGCAAAACAUGUUAAAGUUAUUUGGUCUGCAUUGAAAGAUAUUAUCUAUACCUCACCAGAAUCCGUCUUACUCUUGGAAUCAGAAAUAGUCGAUGGCAUGAGCUUUCAAGAAAGUCAUACGGUGACGGAAGCCCUUAUACUUCUACAAAAGGUUUUUUGCCAAAACAGCGAUCUUCUCAUAGAUUUAAUUGUUAUUGAUGAAGAUAUAAAAAAAACUGUAGACAGCAUUUAUCAGUUCAAGGAAUAUACUGGUAUUCCUUUGGCAGACAAGCAAAGAUUACAUGCAGUUGGUUCUAUAUUGUAUUUCUCUGCCAAAUCUUCCAUUGGUUCCUGCAACAGAGUUUUUGAAGCUUUCUUUCCAUGCUUAAUCAAUGCCCUUGGGAUUUCAGCUGAAAACUCAGUCGCUCUCCUUUCUUCACCAUGCAAUUUUGGAGCAACUUAUCUCUGCGUUGAACUCCUUGCUGGCUGUCGAGCUUUGGUUGUUAGAACAAAAGGAAAUGCUACAAGUAAUGUCAUAGUACAGGAGGCAUGGUGCGAUAUAUUAUGUACUUACAGUACUUCAUUAACCAAACUAUUUAGCUUCACCCUCAUCACAGGGGUGGAUGGGAGUACUCAGAAUGCUUGUUUACACUCUGGAGUCAAAGGCCUCCAAAUAUUGGCUACAUUUCCUGGAGACUUCUCUCCGAUAUCUAAAUCAGUAUAUGAGAGUAUUUUGUUAAAGUUGAUAUCUGUAGUUACUGGGAAUUGUAAGGAUGCUUUCUUGUGGAAACUGGCAUUGAAGGCACUAGUGGAAGUUGGUUCCUUUGUUGAUAAAUCUGAAGACACUGAGAAGGCGCAAAGCUUUAAUGCCAUUGUUGUAGAUAAAAUUGCUUCAUUCAUGCUUUGUGAUGAUCUUUCUAUGCCUUUACCACUGAAGCUUGAAAUUAUUUCUAGCAUCGGCACAACUGGGCUGAGUUACAUGCAAAAGUUUCUUCAGGGCUUGGAGUGUUCUUUAUUGGCUAGUUUAUCCGGAGUUUAUGUUAGAGGUGAUCCGGAGAAUCUUGAAAUAGCAACAUCUCUUUUGGAAUGUUAUUCCUGCGAUGUGUUACCAUGGUUUGACAGUAUUGGAGGUCAAGAGGAAGUCCAGUUUCACUUCGCGCUUACUAUAUGGGGCCAAAUUGGAAAUAUUUUGUCUUUCUGCGCUAGUUCUCAGGAACAGAAGCUACUUUCUGCAGCAAUGACAGCCAUGCAGUACGCUGUUGGACGAUGUUUGGCGGAAAAUCAGACAGUAAUCAUCGAUAGAGCUUUUGGCAUACUUUUGUCUACUACCUCUUUACCUAUAAACGAUCUGAUGGAUGAAAUUACUUCGGUUAAAGUAGAAGGUUAUAAAUCCAAUGAUGACCUGGGCUGUAUGUCUUGUAGAGAGAAAUGGAUAAUUUCUCUAUUUGCUUCAGUAGUUGCAGCGCUUCGCCCUCAAGCACACAUUGCAAAUGUGAAAGUGAUAUUGCGGUUGUUCCUGACUACACAGCUAUCUGGUCAUGUACCCUCAGCUCAGGCAUUGGGCUCUAUAAUUAAUAAACUACCUGUAAAAGUUGAGAACAUGGAUGCUUCAAAUGUUUUUAGUCUUGAAGAUGCAAUUGAUUUGAUAUUUAGCAGUAGAGUAUGGAGUUUGUGUAAUGAAGGUCCAACUAAUUGCUCAGUGGCUAGAAAUAAUAAUGAGACAAGUAUUAGAAACAAUCUCUUGAUUCAAAGUCAUGCUAUUGAAGGAUUAGCCUGGAUAGGGAAAGGAUUGCUCAUGCGAGGUCAUGAAAAGGUGAAAGAUCUUAUAGUGACAUUGUUGAGUUGUUUACUAUCUAAUCACAGUGAGGGGAGCCUGCCAUGUACGGAACAGGAAUUUCUCUGUGUUAUGAGGUCUGCAGCAGAUGCAUUUCAUAUACUUGUUAGUGAUUCUGAAGCUUGUUUAAAUAAAAGGCUACAUGCAACGAUAAGGCCACUCUAUAAGCAACGUCUUUUCAGUAUUGUACUGCCCAUUAUACUAUCUUUAAUAUCAAAAGCUGAUUCAUCAAUCCAAAGAGCCAUGCUGUACCGAGCAUUUGCUAAUGUCGUAUCUGGUACUCCACUCAGUGCUGUUUUGAGUGAAGCAAAGAAGCUCAUCCCCAUUCUUGUCGACAGCUUGUUUGUGUUGAGUGAGGACAUUUUGAAUAAGGAUAUAGUUUACUGUAUCUUACUGGUCUUAUCUGGAAUCAUGACGGAUAAAAAACGAUCAGAAGUUGUAGAAGAGAAUGCACAUAUCAUUGUCAGACGCCUUAUUGCACUCAUGUCUUACCCCCAUAUGAUGGUGAUACGAGAGACAGCGAUUCAAUGUCUUACUGCCAUGUCUGAGUUGCCUCAUGCAAGAAUAUAUCCGAUGCGGACUCAGGUUCUGUUGUCUCUAUUAAAAACUCUUGAUGAUCCAAAGAGGGCUGUUCGUCUAGAAGCAGUGAAAUGUCGCCAGGCUUGGGCAUCUAUUGCUUGAAAAACUUUUCAAUUUUAAGAAGGAUCAGAUGGGUUUUUCCAAUAGUGUUAGCUACAUGGAAUUCAUUUAUCCACAGCUUCCGAGAGUUCAUAUUGCAAUUCAGUCUAGACAUAUCUAGAUCCCGAAGAUGUGGAUAAAACCCUGCUCCUGCUUGUUUGCUGAAUGUAGAAGAGUGAGAGUCCAAGUCUGUUCGUGGAAGAUGUUUACCUUGGUGGAAAGUACAACAGUUGUUUAUAGAAGAUGUUUCAUAUUUAAGAUGUGAUUUAAAUUCA